GUUCGUCUUCAGCUCGGUGGUGUACGGUACCAGCUACCGGUCCAUGAACUCCAUGGCAAAGCCGUCUUUCACAGACGACGGCAGCCUCGCCGACGGGGGGAUUGACCUGAAUAUGGAGCAGGGGAUGGCAGAGCACCUCAAGGAUGUGAUCCUGCUGACAGCCAUGGUCCAAGUGCUGAGCUGCUUCUCGCUCUACGUCUGGUACUUCUGGCUCUUGGCUCCGGGCCGUGCUCUCUACCUCCUGUGGGUGAACAUCCUGGGGCCCUGGUUCACAGCUGACUCUUCACCCGCCGGUCAAGAACCAAAUGAGAAGAAGCAACGUCGACAAGAACGCCGCCAGAUGAAGCGCUUCUAGCCCAGGCUGGGGAGAUCCAUCAGUGCUCUCUCUCAUCUCCAUGCUGUUAUUUCAUCAGGGAUGCGACCGAAGCCAAUCCGAACCCAUCGCAGUAGCUGUGUUACCCUCUGUCAUUGCUGCCAUUCCCCUAGAAAGGCUGCAAGAGACUUCCCUUGGCUGGUUCUUAGCGCCAGUCGAGGCCUUGCUCCAUGGGAUGACCAGGGGGGUGAUGCUGGGAUGCGUGUCAAUGCCUUUUCAAAGCAGCCAGCGCUGUAUCGCGUUUGAGGUCAGGGAUUGCAACGUUGGAGGAAACAGUUCAUUAAAGAGCAGAGUCUAAUUGAC